GGAAUUAACUCACGGAAUCGACAAUAAAUUUCUUGAAUCUCCUUCCCAAAAAUCGUUUUUCCCGAAAGUGGGAUGUGACUGUGACUUCUGGUGCCAGGUCUAGGCGACAACGCAUCUCCAUGUCGAACUGGAAGUGUUCGAUCGUCACAGACCUCUCAUUCACCACCGCUUCCCGCCCUCCACCCAGCCGCCCCAUAAAUAACCCUUCCCUUGACUUCUACACAGUUUACUCUUUUCUGUUAAGGGCGCUCAUCCACAACUGCAGUUCUACCUCGUCUCGUUUCUCAACUUGAAUCCUGACUCACACCGCCGCAAUGUCGACUGGAGCGAAGAAGCGCAUACUGAGGGAGUACGCAGAGUGCCAGAACGAUCCGCUACCGGGCGUGAAGAUCAACUUCGACGAGCAGAAUAUGACCAAAUGGGAGAUCCUCAUGGACGGGCCUGACCAAUCUGUGUAUGCUGGAGGUCAUUACAAGCUCGAGAUCAAUUUCCCCAACGAAUACCCUUUCAAGCCACCCGUCGUCAGCUUCAAGACCAAGAUCUACCACCCCAACGUGAGCAACGACGACAAAGGCUCCAUGUGCCUGGGUCUACUGCGUCCGGAGGAGUGGAAGCCGCCGAACAAAGUCAUCUCCGUCCUCCACCUCAUCCGCAACCUACUGAUCGAGCCGAAUCCCGACGAUGCCAUCGAGCUCUCCAUCGCCAACGACUACAAGACGAAUCGGGCCGAGUUCGACAAGACGGCUAAGGACUGGGUCAAGCGUUAUGCGAAGUAGGACAGCGCCUAACGGUCACCACUACCUAUACUUUGGUUUUUUUGAUAUGCAUAUUGGGCGUUUGGCGAAUGUUACAUACGGGCGGCCUCACACAGUAUCUUGACGAUUCCAUUUUCUUUAAACGUGUGCAUCUCAGACGGUCAAACGGAGGCGGGAUAUGAGUCGUGUUUCUCUGGCGGCUUCAUCGUCCGGAUCGUCUAUGACCAGCAGAUAGUCCGACCUCGGGUUAGGGUUGAAUCAUCAAAAACAAGUGCAUGUAUGC